UGAGCUUAUAGUGAAGAGACUGCCUGCUCUAUUUGUUGAUUUUUAAAAAGGUUUAAAUGGCGAUGGAAACGUUGAGUGGGGCAAACACUAGCUUUGCUAUUGAUUUUUUCAAACAUUUAUGCAAGACUCAAACCAACACAAAUGUACUGUUUUCACCAUGGAGUAUUUCAUCAGUUAUGGCCACUCUCUACCUUGGGGCUAAAGGCCACACUGCACAGCAGAUAGCAAAGGUGUUUCAUUUUAAUACAGCUGGGGGAACUGAGACCACCUAUCCCCUGAGACACCCACGAGUAUAUUCCAAAAUGGAGGACCUUUUGAAAAACCCAUGCAUCUCACUUACAAAGCCUUCUCUUGAAAUACAAAGUAACAUCCAUUCAAGAUUCCAAGCCCUAAAUCAAGAAAUCAAUAAACCCACAAAAAAUGUUCUGCUAAGAAGUGUCAAUCAACUAUACGGGGAUAAAUCGGUGUCUUUUCAAAGAGACUUCUCAGAAGCAAUGAAGAAAUAUUACAAUGUUGAGCCACAAACAGUAAACUUUCAAGACACUGCAGAAUAUGCAAGAAAGGAGAUCAAUUUAUGGGCUGAACACCAGACAGCAGGUAAAAUCCUCAACCUGUUGAAUGAGGGCUCUAUAAAUCCCCUUACCCGGUUGAUCAUGGUGAAUGUACUGUAUUUCAAAGGCAACUGGUCAAACACCUUUAAGAAAGAGGACACCACAGAACAACCUUUCAGGUUGAACAAGAGCACAAGUACGCCAAUAAAGAUGAUGUACCAGCAUGAUAAAUUUAACUGGAAGUAUAUAGAUGAAGUACAGGCCCAGAUUCUUGAACUCCAGUACAUGGAUAAUGACUUUAGCAUGUUUAUACUGCUUCCUGAUGACAUCAAUGAUGACAGCACUGGCUUGGAAAUGUUGGAAAACAAGUUAACUUAUGAGACCUUCUCCAAGUGGACUAGCCCAAAAGAAAUGGAAGAAGUUGAAGCAAAUGUUCAUCUUCCUAAGAUGCAAUUAAAUAUCCACUUUGAACUGAAAUCUUUGCUGACCAACAUGGGAAUAACAGAUGCCUUCAAUUCAGAAAUGGCUGAUUUCACUGGGAUGUUGGCAGAAAGCAAUCUGGGUGUAUCCGAAAUUUUUCAUAAGUGCUUUGUUGACAUCAAUGAAGAAGGAACUGAAGCAGCUGCUUCAAUUGCUGCUACCAUAGAUGGCCGAAGUGAUCAAGGUGCAGUUUUAUUUGCAGCUGAUCACCCAUUCCUUUUUUUCAUCCGGCACAACAAAACUAAAAGCAUCCUUUUUGGGGGAAGGUUCUGUUCCCCCUGAAAGAUUUCAACCUAAUGUUAGCAAAUAGAAAGGAAGUUACAGAAGAAGCACUGAGCAAAACAGGCUGUAUUUUGUAGCCUAUGUCUAAACAUGAAUUCUUUUCAUUUUCCAGUAUCUUUAGAAAUUGUCGCAGAUGGCUUUUACUGAUAUUUUAGAAAAAAAGUCAAGUCAUAUUUACUGCUUCUGCCAAGGAAACAUAAGAAACCACAAGCGAAAGUUUGUUUUGAUUAUGUCGUUUUGAAAGCAGAAUUUUAAUGUGAGUUAAAUAAAAGAUCUAAUUUAAUGCAAUGAUAUCCUCUAAUGGACAUGCGGAAACAUUUUUUGUAGAGGUAUAUGAGAAUAUGAUGAGAAAAAGAAUAAAAUUAAUUUCACAUAA